GGCGGGGGGGACGCCUGCAGCUCCCUGAUCCCAGCAACCCCGCAGCUCCCUGACCCCGCUGCCCGGCCUGCUUCUCCAUCUCACGCCCCCUCCACCUCCGGAACCCCCUCCCCCUACCGGCCGUUAAACGAUUCAGGGGUUCCCCUCCCCCCACCCCUCAGCCCCGGACUCGCCAGGGUCUCUCGCUACCCCGCUUCCACUCUGUGAAGGGGAAAAAAAAUGGAGCAGAAAGUUUUUCUCGGUGUCCCCCACCCCCGCUCUGGCUCAGGAGAAAGGCUGGAUCCGAGACUUUUCCUUUUUUAGCCGCCCAGGAGUCGGAAGAGACAUUAGAGGUCACCCACCCAAAACAACCGUCCCCUCUGCAGCCUCUGACAAGUGAAUUUCUCUUGGUUUGCUGGGAUCUUCAAGAAAGAUGAAAAGGCAGUAAUUCCAUUUGAACAGAGCCCACCUGUGGGGUAGGCUGAAGUGACACGAUGACAGUGGCACUGGCAGAGAAGGUUGAGGCUGUGAUUCUGCCCCUGACUACACCAUAGAACUGCAAAACAGGAUCCUGUCCCAAUCUAGUUCUCUGCUCUUCAGGUUCAUACUUAAGGAGUCCUAACUUUCUUCUGAAGAACUGAAAGUCCAUUCAUGUGAACUAUUUUAUUUUAUCAUACAUCCUUCCUGUGUGACAGAACAUUCUUCACGACCCGAAAGGAGAAGAGACGAGUUCGGGAUGUUCGACGGUUAUGAUAGCUGCAGUGAGGACACGAGUAGCAGCUCCAGCUCUGAAGAGAGUGAAGAAGAAGUUGCUCCUUUACCCUCCAAUCUCCCGAUUAUCAAAAACAAUGGGCAGGUGUACACGUACCCGGACGGGAAGUCUGGCAUGGCCACCUGCGAGAUGUGUGGGAUGGUUGGCGUGCGAGAUGCCUUUUACUCUAAAACAAAGCGUUUCUGCAGUGUUUCGUGUUCACGAAGUUACUCGUCCAACUCCAAGAAGGCAAGCAUUCUGGCCAGACUUCAGGUAACGGGUAAGCCUCCAACAAAGAAAGCAAAAGUUCUCCAGAAACAACCUUUGGUUGCUAAACUAGCCGCUUAUGCUCAGUAUCAAGCUACCUUGCAAAAUCAAGCAAAGACGAAAGCAGCAGUCUCCAUGGAAGGUUUCAGCUGGGGUAACUACAUCAAUAGCAACAGCUUUCUAGCAGCGCCCGUCACCUGUUUUAAACACGCACCUAUGGGGACCUGCUGGGGUGAUAUCUCAGAAAAUGUGAGAGUAGAAGUCCCCAAUACAGACUGCAGCCUACCUACCAAAGUCUUCUGGAUUGCUGGGAUUCUAAAACUAGCAGGUUACAAUGCCCUCUUAAGAUAUGAAGGAUUUGAAAAUGACUCUGGUCUGGACUUCUGGUGCAAUAUAUGUGGUUCUGAUAUCCAUCCUGUUGGGUGGUGUGCAGCCAGCGGAAAACCCCUUGUCCCUCCCAGAACUAUUCAGCAUAAAUAUACAAACUGGAAAGCUUUUCUAGUCAAAAGACUUACUGGUGCCAAAACACUUCCUCCUGACUUCUCACAAAAGGUCUCAGAGAGCAUGCAGUAUCCUUUCAAACCUUGCAUGAGAGUAGAGGUGGUGGACAAGAGACAUCUGUGUCGAACACGAGUGGCAGUGGUGGAAAGCGUCAUCGGAGGGAGAUUGAGGCUGGUGUACGAGGAGAGCGAGGACAGGACCGACGACUUCUGGUGCCAUAUGCAUAGCCCCCUCAUCCACCACAUUGGUUGGUCUCGAAGCAUAGGCCAUCGAUUCAAAAGAUCCGAUAUUACAAAGAAACAGGAUGGACAUUUUGAUACACCACCACAUUUAUUUGCUAAGGUGAAAGAAGUGGACCAGAGUGGAGAAUGGUUCAAGGAGGGAAUGAAAUUGGAGGCUAUAGACCCAUUAAAUCUUUCUACGAUAUGUGUCGCGACCAUUAGAAAGGUGCUGGCUGACGGAUACCUGAUGAUUGGAAUCGACGGCUCGGAAGCAGCAGAUGGAUCUGACUGGUUCUGCUAUCACGCAACCUCCCCUUCUAUUUUCCCUGUUGGUUUCUGUGAAAUUAACAUGAUUGAACUCACUCCACCCAGAGGUUACACAAAACUUCCUUUUAAAUGGUUUGACUACCUCAGGGAAACUGGCUCCAUUGCAGCGCCAGUGAAACUGUUUAAUAAGGAUGUUCCAAAUCACGGAUUCCGCGUCGGAAUGAAACUAGAAGCGGUAGAUCUCAUGGAGCCACGCUUAAUAUGUGUAGCCACAGUGACGCGGAUUAUUCAUCGUCUCUUGAGGAUACACUUCGAUGGAUGGGAGGAAGAGUACGAUCAGUGGGUAGACUGUGAGUCCCCUGACCUCUAUCCUGUCGGGUGGUGUCAGUUAACUGGAUACCAGCUGCAGCCUCCGGCAUCACAGUCAUCGAGAGAGAGCCAGUCAGCUUCAUCAAAACAGAAGAAAAAGGCUAAGUCCCAGCAAUACAAAGGACAUAAGAAAAAGAGGAAGAUGCCAGUUGGGAAGAAGCCUGUCAGUUUGUCGAGCCUGCCCAUGACAGGCGGGGUGCGGAGGAGCUUCUCUGGGGACGAAGAGUUGACUCCUCCUCCAUACCGAGCCCUGCCGGCACAGACAGCCCCAGAGGCCUUCCCGCCUCCCAGCACUAGCCGAGAGUUCAGGCCCAGCCUCCAAACAGUGAGCGCUCUGCAGCUGAAGGAGGAGCUGCUGGACGGGGAGGACUGUAACUUCCUGCAAGGAGCAUCCGAUCCGGAAAGCAACGGCUCUGCCAACUUCUACAUCAAGCAAGAGCCCUGAGCCGGCUCCGAACCUGACGGCGGGAGGGGAGAGUUUUACACAGAACUGCUUUGUAACCGAUCCGGCUGUACAGCGGGCUAUUCUACUGGACAUUUUGCUAAACAUAGACAAUUUCAGUUCCAGAUUUUUCAGGUGGGUGGGGAAACUAUUUUAGUCGGGGUGGGGGAAAUUUUUCAAUUUAUAAAGAUGGACAAUUUUUGUGUUGUAUUUGAAGCUUUUGAAAGAAUUUUGUAAUAUUUUCCAAGUUUGGAUUUAUGUGUAUUGUUAACAAGAACUGAAAUUCUAACUUUUUGGUAAGAUUAAAGUUUAGGUAGCAGGACUGAAGGAAAUGAUUUAAGAAGGAUAUAAUUGUAAAUGCAAACGAACUGUCAUAAACAUGAACCUUUUUGGUACCUGUUGGGAGACCUUUGGAUUUUAGAAGUUAGGCCAGUCACAUCUCCAGCUUCCUCUGCCGCACAAAUAUGCAACCGAGGCCCUCGCGGAGGGCCCAGCUCCACACCGACCGCGGAAGGGGCGUCGCGCUGCUCGUUCGCGUUUUAUUGCAGCCCAUUUUAAAUGUUUGUACAGAAGUGUUUUUCAUUCUGUGAAAAUUUAUUUGGAGUUCUAGAUGAAACUGGAAGAACUCUGGAUACUUUUAUAUGUUCUCUUUUAAGUCAAAAAUGAUCAAAAUGAUCCGAACACUAAAGUGUUAAACUGGAAUGGUUGACAAGAUAUACAGGAUCUCAAUCUCCAUGUUGCGGGGUUGGGAAAACGCAAUAUUGUCCUAAGUUUAUUUUCCUUGCUUUAAAAAAAAAAAGGGCGCCCCCGAAAGGGAUUCUGAUCAGUUCUCGGCCACUUCCCCCUCCCGUGAGAUAGUAACUGGGUAUAACCACACCCCAAAACAGAUGUUCAGUGUCACCAAGAGAAUCAAAGUCAGUCACUCAAAGCCAAAAAACUUCCAAAUGAUUUCAAAAUCAUUCCAGCUCCACUUCUAGCUGUCCUGGAUUUGUUAGGAAACUAAAUUGAAGGACUUAAUUUUCUUAAAAUUCCAUAUAUAGAGUAUGAAUUGUUUUUAAUUGUCAUCAGAACUGAACGGUGAUAACUGAUUUGGACCAUGACAGACAUUCCCUAUUUUAAAAUUCACGUGGCUUCCUUUACAAAUAGGAUAAGGGCAGGUUGGUGAAAGGCUCGCUCUCCGUCCUCUAGCUGCCCGCCGAGUUGUGACUGAGCGAGAGCUCUAGCGUUGACCAGUGAGGUUCAUAACCAAACUCUCAGGAAUUCACUCAUCUAUUGUAGAAGUACUUCUGGGUCGUAGCCGGCCUCCGCAGCGUGCUAACUGUGGCCAUCUCCUCCGGAAAUAGGCAGGGCGCACUAGAAAUGAAUCACAGUGAUUACUCUGCAGUCCUUCAGCCUAUGGAAUGCUUUAAACCAUGGAAGGCCCCAGGAGACCAUUUUAGGUCAGAUUUUUGUUUGAAUUUUAAAAUGCAUAGAACGUUCAAAACCAGCAAUUUAUUUUCUAAACUAUUGCUCUACUUUUGGGAAUAAUAGCAUUGGUAAUACGCACAGGUUUACCUCAUUCUAUGCAAGAGGGGUUAAUAACAUAAGGUUUUGUAGUAGCUACUGGAAGUUGUUGCUUUAUAGUGUAAGAAUGUAUGGAUUCGAUUGCAUGUCACCAUUUCUUAACACUGACUCUUCGAGGGCAGAAACGCAGAUCACAUCAACGCGAGUUGAUUCUCAUGUGUCAAAUAUAUGUGAAUUCAGCUGUAAAGUUACUGGAUAUUUAUCUUACACAACAUUGCUGAGAGGGACCUACUGUAAAUGUGACGUCCUCUCGCUUCCCAGAUCGUAAUGCGGAGGUUCCGACGGAGGGUGCAGCUUCUCUCUUCUCAGGCCCCGCAGGUCACACCAAGCGCGGGGUUCCAGCCGCCCAGGCGCCUUGGCUACCACCUUGGGGCUCUCGGGGGACCCCAGUGAGCCGGGAGGGCCGGGGGUCGGAGCCAGCCAGCCCUGGCCCUUAGCUCUGUGAAAUGCUCCUUCGUAGCCGGGUUCAUAAGCUUCCAGUGAGACCGCAGAGCCCAGCGCGGCGCCAGCGUUUUGGAGCCACCAGCUCCUGCAGCGCACCCGGCCCUGCGGGCGCGCGGGGCCUGUCUUAGCCAUAACUGCCCUCCGCCCGCGGCCCGGCAGCCCUUCCUCUCCACGGUUCAAGACGUACUGCUGACCUUGAGUUUGUUUCUUGUUCCCUGUCUCCCUGUUAGGAUUACUUGGGGACUUUGGUAGUUUUAAACUCUUUAACCUUUCCCUUGCUGUGUAUGAGGACAAAGCUAAAGCUGUUAUCAACUUCUUACUCUACGGAUACUAACACGGGUUUUCAGUGUUUGUUUGUUUUAUUAUUAAUUUUGCGUGAUGUGAACACCCUUUCCCAUCAAUAUUUGUAUUAUGGUGCUAUAUAUUUGGUAAUGAUCCUUUAAUAUUGGGAAGGGAUUUUAAAAAUACUGUGAUUAAACUGGGUUUCUUCUUUGAUUUUCAUAUUUUAAAUAAAGCCACAGUCAUUUAUACAAAGGAUAAGCAUCUGUCCCUGGGCAAAUCUUUUGAGGACAGAGGUCAAAGUAAACUGCAUAAGGUUUUUACAUCAUUUCUGUAUGUAUUUGAUAUAUAGAUCAGUAUCUGUACAAAUUUAAUCUUUUAUUUUCUGGUAACGUGAUCACGGAGAAAGUGUUUGAGACUUUCUCGUGAAGUGUAUAUAACGGCGUGAAAACUUCCUUCAGAGAUUUAUGUUCCUUUCAUUUUUACCAAAUUGCAAAUUUUCAGCAUGGAUGUGAAAAGCAUUAAAAUUAUAACUUUGUGUACAAGAUGAAAAUAAUUCACUAAAUUCGCCCUUUUCUACACAAAAUAAAACGAAAGUUAAGCUGUA